GCGAGGAGGGGAGGGACGCUCGCGGAGCAUCUGACACACCAGCUACCAGGCAAUCACAGAGGCGACGUAUCGGGAGAAGGCGGCGACCGAAACUAACGUUAAUCAAAAGGGCCGACCAGCACCUGAACCACCGAUCGAUUUAAUACAGUACAAGGCGAUCCAUCAGCCCGCCGUUAUCCUUCGGCCAAACGCGGAAGUAUAAUUCAACGCCAGCGGUGUUUUUUUUUUUUUUUUUACUUAUUAUCGGUGACAACAUGGCUGAAUGUGACGUUAGCAUCGACAAGAAUAAACUACCUGGAGUGAAAGAGGUGUGCAAAGACUUUGCUGUGCUGGAGGACCACUGCCUGGCCUACAACCUCCAAGAGCAAGAAAUCGAAAGCCACUUGGCGUCCAACGUCAACAAGAGCCGCCUGGUGCAGAAGGACCUGCAGGUGGCCAAGAAGCUGCAGGAGGAAGAGGAUCUGAGGGCCAAGGGUCACACCCAGAAAAAGCACAUUGACAUCGAGCGGCAAGACAAUGAGAUCGCCCAGGAGAUUCAGGACCAACUGGUCCGACAGGCGGAGCAUCAGCGGCUGCAGGAGGAGAAGGACGCGGCCAUAGCUCGUAAGCUGCAGGAGAAGGAGAUGAAAGAGGAGAGGAAGAGACAGAAGCAGCUUGAAGCUAACUUUGAGGAGGAGUACUUUGAGGAUCACGGAGCCGCCCGCCCUCCUCCUCCUCUGCCCGGUCCAGCCGCUAGAAAGCCGCUGGACCUGGACGAACCCGCGCACCGCGAUUACUCCCCAGAGUACAGCUCGGCCGAGCCCAAAAGGAGCCGGUACCCGAGGCAGGACCCGGCUGGGGCGAACGGCCGCCCCAGGUACCCCGAGCACCACCCCCCGCCCUCCCCCCGGGCAGAAGGCGGGCGGAGCAGGCACGCGGAGCAGUACGCCGAAACGCUGUCGCCCUCCAGAGGCGGCAGGCACGGGGAUCGGUACGCAGAUGCUGAGCCCGCGGAGACGGGCAGGGCGAGAGGCCCCGGGGGGGAGGACACGGACAGAGCCGUCAGAAAGAAGGACAAACCGGCCAGACCUCCUCCACCAAAGAGCCCCAUGGAGAGAGAGGGAAGACGUGACCGGGGCCGAGACCUGGAAUGGGAGAGGCGUGUGGAGAAGGAGCCGAGGAGAGACAGGGAGCAGGACCCCAGGGGGGGCCGAGCAAGAGACAGGGAGCGAUCCAGAGAUGGGGGACUGGACGGGCCGAGCGAGAGAGACUGGCACAGGCCGAAGGACAAAGACGGACAGCGAGCGCGAACCAGGAGCAGGGAGAGGGGACUUGAAGAGGAGCCGGGCCACAGACGGGGCGGGCCCAGCGAGGGCAGGGCUUCUUGGGAGGAGGCGGGAGGGGAGGGCGAGAGGGAAGGCAGGGCCCGGGGCCGGCAACGUGUCCUCUCCGGCCCCGAGGACGUGUUUGACGUGCUGGACAAGCACGACGGCGCUCAUUCUCACCCCAACGGAGAGACAGGUCGUAUCGUGCACCGCGUGAGUGGAGCCGUAAUAUCAGAAGCUGCGUAUGGAGUGAGCGAGGCCACCAAGGACUUGACGAAGCUCGAUAUCCGUGAGCAGGAGCUGAAAGACUUGGAAGUGGCCCGAAAAUUGCAAGAGGAGGAAAUCAAGGCCAACAAGGGGCAUGUGCGUACAGCCCAAGUGGCGCAGGAUGAGGAAAUUGCCCGACUGCUGAUGGAAAGAGAGAAGAAGGAGUACCGGAAGAAUCGCGAGCGGGAGAACGAGAGAGAGCGGGAGAAAGAGAAGGAGCGGGAGAGGGAGAGGGAGAGGCUGGCCAUGGAGAAGAAGGCGGCUUUGGAAAGGAGGCGGCUCGAGGGAGACUACAGGCCGAGCUCGGAGGAAGUGGUCCGGCCCAGAACACGAGAGGAGCACGAGUACCAGAGGCAGAGGGAGAGGAACCACAAGCCAGCCAGGCCUCCUCAGCCUCCUGGGCUCCACGACUACGAGAACGUCAACUCUGGCUACGGCUACUCGGACCACCCGGCUGCCCCUCGCAAUCCCAGCAGACCGGAGGCUGCUUACAAAGGUGGCCAUCACCGGCGGUGACUCAGGCUCUCUGCCGCCAUGCUGUCAGUCCUCUUUCAUCCUCCCAUUUUUUCUAUUAAAUUUCUCUUCUAUUUUUUUCCAACCGCUCACGCUCUCAAUCAAAAGCCUUGGGACAAUCUAUUGGGUUGUCAGUAGGAUUGCUCCUCGCCCAGAGUGAAAAAGUGGAGUCUGCGGGUGCUGCAACAACACAUUCAUUUUUUUUAUUUGUAUUUAUAAGUUGUAAUUCAUAUUAUUUCUUUAAACUGACUCAACAUCAAGACCAGCCACAGUAACAACAUUUGUGACAUGACCUCCCCCCUGAUUCUUGACUGUUCACAUAAAGGACAACCUGACCCUUUUUUUGUGGUCAUCGCGUGCUGAUGUCCAUGCUUUCCGUGGACCAUUCCAUCAAAAGGGCUCCCGGCCUCUGCCGGACGCACCUACCCAAUCUUGACCCCCCCCCCCAAGGGGACUCUUCCUGGGACGCGCCUGUCCGGUCCCACGCGGCUGCCACAGUGUCUUAGCUACGCCGCGCUGAGGUUCUAUUCACAGGCCCGACCCGUGUGCCAAACAAAAAUAGGCUUUCAUCAAGAUGCUGGUGGUGUUGGCUUCGACGUGUUUACCGCUUGUACCGGCCCAGAGGAGGCGGAGCUUGUUCAUCGUCCACGGACAUUUAAUUGGCCGUCGCCUUUUUCUUCUUCUUCUGCUUGCGAGGGGAUCUUUGUAACUAACAAUCACCCUUCAAACUAUGGAUGGAUGAUGCUCUGUGUGUGACUCACUGUUUCUAUGUGCAUGCUUACUGAAAGUGUCCAACUGUGUACGUGCAUUUCAGCUCUGUAACAAAGGACCUGACGCUCCGUUUGACUGAAAGGGCUCAAGCCACAACCAGCCAAUAACCUUUUUCUCUUCAUAAAUGGACAAUGUCACUCAUACCGCUGUACAAUAUAUCCCCCUUUUUUUGCCACUAUUUCAUAUCAAAUCACCUUUUACAAACCAAAAGCUGACCCAUAAAAGGACCAGUACCAAAAGGAUGUGUGUGUACAGGGCUUGUCUGUCAUACCUGAUAUCAUGCUUGUGCUUACGGCACAGAUGUUGUGCAAUUGAAUAUCUGCUUGUUUUAUUUAAAUGUAAAUAUUUUGUUGGUUUUAUUUUAACUUGUGCAACAAUAUUUUUUAUACAAUGUCUUUCCGCAAAUUGUUCCCUUCAUCCCCCCCCCGCCCCCCGCAGUAAAGACAAAACAUCUCCACUUCUACACAGAAAUAUGCUCAAAUAUAUUAGUGCAUAAAGGGAACUUUUGUGUCAGACCACCUUCAGGAUCCAUUAUUUUCUGUUCAUAUUGAAUGAGGUGAUUCAGUCUUUAGCCGUUUCGUACUGCUUCCAUGUUAUAAAUGUCGCUUGAGUUGUAGAUCAGCUUCCAAAAUGAUUCCCUCCCCGUUCAGUGAGACGUUUGCAUCGCCGAGGACAAAAUGUGCCGAUGUUUGAGUUCUAAUGUGCUUAUUUCUGUAGACUGAGCUUUGUGUGUGUUAAUUUCAUCAGGGACUUGCCAAUGGGAAAAGCUUGUGGAUGUAGCAGGGCUACCAAGAUGGGACUCUUUAUUUAUUCUUUGGUGAGAGCACCACCAUGUGGACAAAUGUACAAAAGUGAUGUGUCUUCAUGGAUGUUGUUCAGCAGCCAUUACUUUGGAAAAGAGGGACAUGCACAUCCAAGAUUCAAUGCUACUUUUUCAUUUUCUUUAUUCUGGGGCUUGAAUGCAAUUUGCCAAUUGAAUCAACAGUGUUGAAACUUGCUGUAUAAAUGCAAGAGUUGCUCCUCAAUGUAAUAAAAUAAAUUAUCAGCA